AUGCCCACUCAAAAUGAUGGAGGGUAUAAAAUUACAUUUAAUUCUAACGAUAACCGCAUCCACAAAGCAAAUACAAUAAGUUCACUUUCUAACAUUGGCAAAACUAUAACAUUGACAGCACAUGCAUUGGCCAACUCUUCAGAUUUACAUAGCACAAUAUUAUCACCAGACGGCCCCUAUAAUAAAGUCAUGACUUCCACUUUAAAACAAUCAAAUGAGAAAAAGUUUCACCCAAAUAAUGUUAACAUUGUUAAAAAUAUUGCCUCUGUGAAUCCACGAGAUAUAACUCAAUCAAGUAACCAAUAUUUUAAAAAUAGUCUGAUCGAUGAAAGAAAAACUUUCCAAUUAUUAUCUUAUAUUAAUGACUACUUAUUAAAGGAUCUUGAUUAUGAUGGAAAAACUACUAUUGCUACUACUGCCACUACUGCUUCAAAAAAUAAACAAGUUGUUGCCGUUGGAAAUCAUACUCAGCAGAUGUCAAACGAUAUUCUUCUACCGUCUCUUUACCAAGGAUUUCAAACUUUAUCCCUUUCUAAUCAGAAAGACAGUGAUAUCCAUGAUAGAAAAUUAUUGAGCGAUAAUGGCCACUCAUAUGACAAUUGUAAUUCUCAAACAGAUAUUAUCGACAAAUCAGAAUCUUCUACUUUUUUAAAAGACCUCGAAUUAAAGAUGAAAAAUCAAUUAACUAAAUAUGAGAUUCAAAAAAAUAUUACCAUAUCAGAAAUUAGGGAUAUCGAUCAAAGGAUUAAUACUCUGAAAUUUAGAAGAAAUUUAUUAUUUAAUAAUAUUGCCAGUUUGGAGGAAAAGGAAAUUAAUAUUGAAAAUGACUUAUCGUUAAUUAAAAAUCGUAUGGCUACUUUACAUGAUAUCAAUGACCAAAUUUCUUUAGAGAAGGGCAAUGGUACAUCGCAUAAUGAUACCACUUUAGACACCCUAAUGGAUUAUAAUUCAUCAGUUACCUCAUCCACUACUGUCUCUGAUAAUAGAAAUUCUACAUUUAGUAACGAUACAAGCAACGCAACCUUAUCAUCGGUUGAACUUCAUAACAGUACCAAUAAGGAUAUUACCGUAACAGAAUUUUUAGAGUACGAUGAUAUCCACUCAUCAGAUAAUUUGAUUAAAUUCUUUCAGGAGAAAAACAAAAUACAUUAUAAAAUAUUACCCACAUUACAACAAUAUUUCGACUCUGGUAGUGAAAUAUCAUCGUUUGUGAAUAUCCAUAAUUCACCAAUUUCCUCAUUUCAAUUUGAUUUACCAUUUGGUCAUCUAUUUUCAUCUCCUAACGAUAAUCCUGAAAUUAAAAUAUGGGAUCUAUCAAAAGAUAUUCAAAUAGGUGAACUAAAAGGUCACCAUGACACAGUUUAUUGUAUGGAAUUAGAUAAAUCUUAUAAUAUGUUAGUUACUGGAAGUAAAGAUUCUACCAUAAAAAUGUGGGAUUUGAAUAAAAGUGUUCAUACGUUUAAUGAAUAUUCAGAACCAAAUACAAACCUUUGUGUCUACAGUUUUGAUGAGCAUAUGGAUUCCGUAACAAAUGUAAGUAUUAAUUCUCAUUAUCUAGUAAGUGGAUCUCAGGAUUCUACUAUAAGACAAUGGGAUUUACAUUCAGGUAAAUGUAUAAGAAUUUUAGAUUUAAUAUCUAAUGAUUCUAUCAAUCUAUUUAGCCAAUCGCCAAAGAGCGUAAGUAAUUAUCCUGGAAAUAUUCGAACUGUGAACAAUAACGAGGUACCUAAGAUUGGUGGCUUACAAAGUUAUGAUGUUGCAUUAGCAACAGGUACCAGUGAUGGGAUAGUAAGACUUUGGGAUUUAAGAAGUGGGGAAAUUGUAAGAUCAUUAAUAGGCCAUUCAGACUGUAUUUCCUGUUUGAAAUUUGAUUUGCAAAAUAUAGUGACAGGUUCCUUAGAUAAAACAGUUCGAGUUUGGGAUUUAAGAAUUGGAUCGGCAGUUCAACUAUUUGAAUAUUCGUCACCUAUUUUAUCUUUAGAUUUUGACUCGAAAAAUAUUGCAGUAUCAGAUGGUUCAUCACAAAUCCAUAUAUUUGAUCGCAUUAAGUCUAAACAUUGGGAUUGUGGCAAUAUGGAUUCAUUGAAUGCGAAUGUGAAUUUUAUUCAGUAUAAUGAUAAUUAUUUGCUUGGGAGUCUUUCCAAUGGUAGCAUACACGCUUGGGCAAUUUAA